GGGACCCUCCACACCACACCUAUGGCCUGCUACGACAUCUGCCGUCCCUGCGGACCCACCCCACUGGCCAACAGCUGCAACGAGCCCUGUGCCCUGCAAUGCCAGGAUUCCCGUGUUAUCAUCGACCCUUCCCCUGUGCUGGUCACCCUGCCAGGACCCAUCAUGACCUCCUUCCCACAGAACACUGCUGUUGGAUCCACCUCUUCAGCUGCUGUGGGCACUGAACUCAGUGUGCAGGGACAGCCCAUCUCUGGUGGAUUUGGUGGCUUUGGUGGUUUUGGUGGAUUUGGUGGCUAUGGCCUUGGCUAUGGCCGUGGAUUUGGCUAUGGGCUGGGCUAUGGCUAUGGGCUGGGCGGUCUGGGCUGCUAUGGCAGAAGGGGUGGCUACAACUGCUAA